AUGGCGGCGGCUCCGGUCGUUGGCGAGCCACGGGGUGAGGUGCCACCGGAGGUGACCCAACCCCAUCCGGCUCCGUUGGCGGCCAAGGCACCGCACCACCAUCUCGACGACGGCUGGCAGCUUGUGCCGGAAAGGCAGCAUUCCAGCCGGAGCGAAAAGUACGGCUGUGAGCUAGCGUCCCUGGCAGUGCCGUCCGGUGACGACUUCAGUGAAGGCGACGAGGAUGAGGACGAGCAGCGCGAGCAGCAGCAGGACGGUCGGGCUCACUCACCGUCGGUAAUGAGGUCCCAGAGCACCCAGCAGCAUCAGCAGUACCUAUCGGUGCCGGGAAGGGGUGAAGCGCCGGAUGAGGCGCUGGUACUGCUGCCGGCGAAAGGUAAGGCGAAGCACAGCCACCACCACGGUGGGUCGACCACGGUCCUCGAUCUGAUUCCCGAGGACGGCCCGGAAGCGAAACGAACCGGCGGUGACCAGCGGCGCGUCUCGGGUGACGGGCCGGCUACGGGCAACGGGGUGGCACCGUCGGUGGUCAAACCGUCGGCGCUGAUGGCCGCCAUCCGGCGCGGCUCACUCGCCUGGUUACCGGGUCGACGGGCACACGGCGGGACGGCCGGCGGGGCACCGGCGGCCCACGAUCCGGAGUCGAACCUGGGCAGCAAGGCGUCGCUGAGCCAGCUCCCGGGGCCCGCCACCGGGCCCCACAGCGAGCAGGCGCUGGAGUCUCGCCGCAAGAACCGACGCUUUGGCGAUGACGCACUGAGUACCGCGCUGUCGGCACUGUACGCCAAGAUCAUCGUCAUCCUCGGGAUCGCACUCCCGGUGACGGAGAUACUCUCGUCCCAGAUACCGGCCAAUGUGUACCAAGGGUUCUACCUGUUCCUCUACACCGUCAGCAUCGCGUUCGUCAUCUUCGUGUACGCCUCCACCAUGCGGCAGCGCGCCGUAAUGACCCGCAUCCAGAGCUACCACGCGCGGACCAGCAGUGCCGGCGUGGGGGCCAAGAAACGGGUGCCACACUUCGGGAGCUUCUAUCUGCGGGUCGGAGCGAUCGCGUUCGGUAUCGGCACGAUGGUGUACUCGGGGCUCGAGUUCGGGCAGUACUUCGAGCUGAACGCAUCGCCCGGCUGUUCGAGCAUCUUCAUCGCGCUGACGCCGGCCGCCCGGAUGCUGCUGUCGCUGGUGCAGAUGCAGUUCAUCUUCCUGAACGCCUCCGAGCUGGACAUGGCCCGCCACAAGGUGUUCGCCCGGUUCGGCCUGAUGCACAUGGUCGCGACGAACCUGUGCGAGUGGCUGUACGUGCUGGUGGAGGAAACGAAGCACGAGAUCCACCACCUGGCGCACUCGGCGCACCACAAUGCACGGCCAUCCGAUGCGGCCCUGAAACCGUCCGCGCCGUCAUCGCUCCGGGGGAACGAGACCGAGAUGGCGGCGGCAGCGUCGCUGACUGCGAGCAGUGUGGACAGCGUGGAAGCCGAGCACCACGAGUGCCAGCGGACCAACAUCAUGGGUUCGCUCGUGCAGAACGUGUCACCGUUCCUGUUCCCGUGCACGAUCGAGUACUCACUGAUCUGCGCCGUCAUCCUGUACGAGAUGUGGAAGAAGGUGAAGACGAUCGCCGAGAUCGACCGGACGCGCCGCAGCUCGAUCAAGGUGCAGACGAGCGCGAUCAAGAGCGCCCACCACUUCUCGGUUGACUGUUCGCGUGCCCACCGCGGCAUGUUCGGCGGCAUCCUGCUCACGGUGCUGACCAUCAUCUGCCUGAUCAUGUACUUCGUGCUGUACGACGAGCCCGGCUACGAGUACUUCGCGAUCCAGGAGGUAACGAUCGCCGAAACGCUCAUGUACACGGUGACGGCGGUCGCCGUGCUGGUGGCGAUGCUGCGCAUGCGCGACCUCCGGUACCAGCGGAAGAAGAACGACCUGCACAGUGGCUCGGUCAGCCUCGACUGUACGCUCCUGGUGCUCGCCCAGACCGGCGUCUACGUGUACGGGAUGUUCAGCAUCGUCGGCAGCUACUUCUCCAUGAAGCAGGACGUGCCGGGGGCACGCGAAGGCCUCAUCGCCGAGCUGUUCGGCCUGGUGCAGACCUCCAUCCAGACGCUGUUCAUCUUGAACGCGGUGUGGCGCAAGUGCCGCGGUGCCCAGCAACACCGGACGAAGCCGGGCCGUCAGAUCGUGACGUUCCUGCUCGUCGCCAACAUGGCGAUGUGGUUCAUCAACACGCUGAUCAAGGGCCGCGCCAGCUUCCGGCCGUCCCACCUCGACUUCUUCGGCACCUGGGCGUGGACGGUCAUCACGCACGUCUCGAUGCCGCUCGCCAUCUUCUACCGCUUCCACUCGACCAUCUGCCUGUUCGAGAUCUGGAAGUCGACGUACAAGGUGAAGGUGACCGACUACCACUAACCGACCGACCGCGGGCGCGGGCGGGUGUUACAUCAGCAGUAUUACGCGAACCGUUCUCCGUACUCCGGACCGGAGCCGGAGAGGGGUGGUUGCUUGUUAGUGCGCACCGGCAGGGGACGCGCUGCAAUAAAUUCGUUUAUUCCAAAAGCCGCGCCGGGCCGGGCCGGGCGUUUAUCAGUUUUGAGACAGAACGAGAGAGAGAGAGCGAGUGUGAAGGUGAAAGAAACAUAGCGUACAUCCGAAACACCGGAAACACCUUACGCUGGAGGAAUACGGCUACGGCGGAAAGCGGCGGCUUGCACCGAGCGCACGUGUUCGACAUGUGCGUGUGUGUGUCUGUGUGUUUGGUAGCUUCUUGCCCCGCGCCCUUCUUGUUCGCUUCCGUUUUGAAUGCUGUGCCGGAAGCUACACAGA